UAGGUAAAGAUAUUUUUGAAGAUUUUUUUUCAAUUGAUUCAAUACAUGUAUUGAAUCAAUUGAAAAAAAAUCUUCAAAAAUAUCUUUACCUAUUCAACGAAGUUAUACAAUUUCAACAAUUAAAUAUAAUUCUCAUUAUAGUUUACAUAAAAAUAAUUCAUUUACAACUAUUUAUAAUUAUAAUAAUAAAACAUCCUUUAAUAAUAAUAAUAAUAAUAAAUAUUUAUUAAAUCCAAUAAGACGAAUUAAUUCUUAUCAACCAUCAUUAACAAGACGUUUUAUUAUUCGAGAUGGAAAAUUAAUUGAACAAGAUAAUAAUAAAUUAGAUAUAAAUAGAAAACGUCGAUUAACAUUUCAUAAUUUAAAUUAUCAAUUAAAUCAAAUUGAUACAUUAAGUAUUUAUGAAACACCAAAACAUGAUUUUAAUCAAUAUAGAAAUAAUUCAUUUCGAUUAAUUAAUGAUUAUGAUUCCAAUUUAUUAACAACAAUUAAUAAUCAAUCUGAUAUGCAAAUUAAUCAAAAUUCAAAUACAAAUCAAUCAUUUUUUCAAGUUAGUAUUAUCUAUCUAUCUAUAUAUAUAUUAGAACUUUUGUUUUUUUUACUUAUUAUACUCUUUAACUCGAUAUUAUCAAU